GGCCAGGAUGCCAAUGGUCACAUUGUGCUCGUUCGAAAAUUCAUCGACUGUCUCAACUGGCCGCUUGACCUCGAAUAUCUGCUCUACUUGGAGCGCCUCCAGCCGCUGCUCGAUGGGCUCCUUGCGAUCCUGGAAGACUCGAGCCAUAUCCUUUCAUAUGUUUGAUAUUGCGCGGAUGGCUUCACCCAGCUCCCGCCGAGUAUAUCCUUGACUCGUAGUGUCUUGAUUGCGUUCACAAUGUUUGACUGACAGAUUAGCUCUCUAUGCGUCUUCGCCGCGGAUGUCUGAUGUCGAUACGCUCCUGGAUGAAUGGACGUAUUGUGCCUUUGUCUGUCUGAAGUUUGCGUGGUGUAUUCUUGGCCAGUCGCGCGAGCUGGUGCCGAAGAACAAGGAAUUCGAAUCGCUUCAAAAGCACACCAAGACGCAGGUUUCUUUCGUCAUCACCAGCGCCGUUCUCUUCCUCCAUGCCCUAGAUGUCGCUCAUCAGGGCCCAACAGCCCCAAGGCCGCAAGACUGUCGCAAGGAGGGCGAUAGAAUUGCCGAGUGUGUUGGAAUGAUUCAUUCCCAGCUUGGACAGCUUCAUUUGUGCUCAAUGAAAGAAGGUCUCUUCUUGCGGCAUGCCGCAGCUCGGUUGAAGGAUCGCUCAAAGUACACAAAUUACCUGCAGCAAUGCUAUCGCUGCCUUCAUGGCAUCGAAUUUGAGGACUAUGAAACUGUGGAUCACGAGGUCGUCUCUAUCAAGCCCAGGGCAGAUGAUCACCAGAUCUUCGAGAUGCUUGUGGACGAUCUCCUUGCGCGACUGCGAGACAACAGUCGCUCCAAUAACUGUGACAAGGAAUAUGUCGAGCGGCUUGCCGAGGUAUUUAAAGAGUGUCCGAACGAUGAAUGGAUCCAGAUCAACAAAGCCACUAUCCAGGGCUAUCUGGACUCGCUUAUCGAUUUCGAAUACGGAUGGCGCAAAGUCGUCACCAGGCGGGUGACGCCGCCCUUCCUGGAUCUGCGCGGCAGCAACACGCACCGUAUCCCUGAAAUCUACUUCAAGGUGUACUACCUGUUGGGCAAGCACUCCAUGGCACAGGUCACGGCUGUUAUUCGUAGCGGCCGGCUUGUCAAUCAAAAAAUGCUCGAUACCAUGAACACCGCUGCCGAGUACCUCAAGCUGAACGUCUGCAUCAACUGCUUCGACUUUGACUCGUGGCUCUGGCUGGGGCGCGUGUAUGUUGCCAUUGCAAAUGCGCUGCUUGUCUUUGAUGCCUCGGCGCCCCUCAAGACCAAAGCCCACAACGAGAUCGUUACGCAUCAGCAGUAUGCAUACAAGUGCUUUGUCCAGUGCAAGCUUUUGGUGCAGUCCGUUCGAGAUCGGGAUGUCCUGGAGUCGUAUGGGUACGACCGCAAGGAGUGGGCCCAGUCGUUCUGGGCCGAGUGGGGGCACCUCUGUCAGGACAUGCUCAGCGCGCCUCUCAAGGGCAAUCGAGUGGUCAAGCUCGUCGACCAAGUCCACAAGACAUGGGCCAUGCGAUAUGCCGAGCUCGAAGAUACACACACAGACAGCACAGGAACAAGCCCUGCCCAUCCUGACCCGAUCGAAGCGUCGCUCACACGGAGCCAUAUCCGGCUCAUUGCCAUUCGGUGCUUCCAGAUAGCGGCCAAAUGGGACCCAUCCUGUUGGCGAUAUCCAUAUAUGCUGGCGAAUCUUCAUUCCAAGCUUGAGUCGCAUGAGCCAAAGGUUGUCGUCCAGUUUUUCCGAGCAUCUAUCGACCUCUUUGCUUUGGACAAUCGAGGCAAGGAUUCAAAGUCCGUGGACGCCAAGUACAAACUCGUCGCAUAUCUUUUGAAGAUGUUUGUAAAAAAAGCCGUCAGCGCCGAAUACGUCAAAGAAGCGAUUGCCUUGCACUCUGUUCCUGGACCGAUGAGCCAGACCACGACAGGAGCAGUGCUUGUGGAUUCGUGUGCCAGUACCGACUCCAGCCAACCCGGGGUCUGCGUGGACGAUACAGCAGGAAUACCCGUUGCUCAUUUUGUAGCAAACAGCUCCAAUGACGCCGCAGCCGACAAAGAAGUCGAGGCCUACAAGCUCAUCGCCGACGAGCUGCAGGAGCUCACGCGCAUAGACAAGCAUCACCACAAGCCCAAAUACCGGUAUGCACGGCUUCUCUACGACACCCUUGGGGAUGCAAAGGCCGCGUCGGUGCAGAUGCAAAAGCUACUGAGCCUUGACGGAAGGGACUUUGUCAAGUUCUGGAGGACCGACAUGGAGCGGCCGGGAAAGCACUAUGUUUAUCUCGACAAAUACAGCCGCUUCCUCGUCAAGCUGCUGGUGGAGAUUGGAGACACACGCGCUCUAUACACGCUCUGCAAACGGUUGAGCAAGGCGGACGAGUUCCCGGACAUCAAGGCCAUAUGGAAGUUGGCAUUCCAUGGAUAUGCUCAGCGAGGUCGUCGUAUCUCCAGAGAGAAGAUUAUGGGAAAGCAGCCUUUCAAAGGAUGACUUUGACGAGCAGAGUCCAUCGAUCGAGUCCAAGAUGACGGAAGGAGACGCCCCGCACAAAAUCCGCUGCCUCGAGUACUUGCGGCAGGUGUACGAUCUCCGUCGAUUGAAUGAUGAACUCGGUAGCCAACGAGAGUGGGAUAAC